CUGUCUGUUUAGGAGGUGCUAACGUUGUGGACCAUAUCCUCUUUGCUUGUUUGGUCUCCUUCUGACUUUUCCCUUUCCUUAUUUCUUCGCGAAGGAAGACAGACACAUCCCAAAGCUUGAGCCUUUUCCUUUAUUUCUUUCUCUCCACAAAUGACCCAUAACCCUAGAGAGAGGGAUGAUAGAUUUCAUCCUCGAUUUUGAAUACAUCGCCGAAGGAUUCUGUUGGUACUUUCUUCUUCUCUUUGACUUCUUCUCCGACCUCUUCAUCGCCUUCUCUCUCUUCUUCUUUGCCCUAAUCACAGACCUCUCCUCUUUCCUCUUCUGUCUCAAUUUGAUUUCUUAGAUGGGUUUAAUCAAGAACACAGUUCACUACUGUUGUGUCUCUAGAGACAAUCAGAUUCUCUACGCUUACAACGGAGGAGAUCAAAGCAACGAGAGUCUCGCGGUUCUGUGUCUGGAAAAGACUCCUCCUUUUCACGCUUGGUACUUCGAAUCCAUAGGUAAGAGGAGGUUUGGGUUUUUAAUUGGAGAUGGGUUUGUGUAUUUCGCCAUUGUUGAUGAGGUUUUAGGGAAACUUAGUGUUCUCAAGUUUCUUGAGCAUCUGAGAGACGAGUUCAAGAAAGCUGCGAGGAAGAAUUGUAGAGGAAGCUUCACUGCGGUGAUUGGUUCCAUCAAUGUUGAUGAUCAGCUUGUUCCUGCUGUCUCCAAACUCAUUGCUUCGCUUGAGCGUGUUGCUGCUGCUGAGGCUGCUAACAAUGAGUUGAAGACUAGUAAUAGUAAUCUCGCUGAGCAAAGCGAAGCUACUAAAGCUCCGCUUUUGGGGAAGUCAAGCAAGCAAGAGAAGAAGAGAGGGAAAGAUCAUGUUGUCUCACUUAGAGGCAUUGAGCUUGAUGAACACAGGAACUCUAAUGAUAGAGCAGAAGCGUCAUCUGCAGCAGAAACAUCCUUGCAGAAGGAGCAUGUGGCACCGAGAAGAAGAGGACGUUCUGGUUCCCAAAGCUUUGAAUGGAAAUGGCGGCGCCUAGUUCAGAUUGUUCUUGCUAUUGAUGCUGCUAUUUGCUUGACUCUGUUUGCUAUAUGGUUGGCUAUUUGUCAGGGCAUCAAGUGCACACGUUCAUGAUCGAAAAGUGUUUGUUCUUGUGCAGGCAAACACAACAUAUAAAGUCGAAGAAUCGAUUCUUUUAGAGUCUUGUUAAGUAUUAUUGUUGAAUGCAUGUGAGUACUAUGGCUCAAAUUCUACUAUGGCUAAUGUGAAUGCUUUACUAGAUGCUUUUGUACAGAUAUGUACAGUUGCAACUAUGUUCUUUGUUCUGUGUUCUUCGUGCUUUCUCAUGGUACUGUCCAUUUUUAUAGCUGUCUGCAAAAUUGUGAUGUGUCAACCUGUAACAGCUAGUUCACAUCAAAAUCGUGAAUCUUAAGAUAUUAAUA